AUGGCGAGAAAGGGGGGACCAAAGUUUUAUGCUGUUCGCAUCGGCAAAAAGCCUGGUGUUUACACCAGCUGGGCUGAGGCCAGUGACCAAGUCACCGGCUUUGGCGGCGCAAUUCACAAAAGCUUUCCCACCCGCAAGGAAGCACAGGAUUGGUUCAACGCGGGCCGCUCUUCUUCAAACACGACAAACCAACAGGCUAGCAGCAGCAGCAGUACUCGCCAACCUUUCCGACGGGGACCUGAUCACCCAACACCACAAACCACCUAUCUCAUCCGACGUGGCUCUGAUCAUUCCUCGCCUCAAACCAGCUAUCCUGGUCGAACCAACCGCAAUGAUCCUGCUCCGGCCCGCGACAACUCCCCAUCACCACCAGCACCACCGCCAGCAUUCCCUCGCUAUCCCAUCAUAAACACCGUCACCAACAACAUCGUCCUCCCCAAAAAGAACCCAGUCCCCCCAACCUCAACCGCCACCAGAGAGCCCCCCGCCAAAAGAGCCAGGCCCAACCCCGACACAAACGAACUGAUCGUAGUCUACACCGACGGCGCCGCCCCCGGCAACGGCAAAAGGCACGCCACAGCCGGGAUAGGGGUCUACUUCGGCGCUGGCGACCCCAGGAACAUCUCCAAACGCCUCCCGGGCCCCUUGCAAACCAACCAGCGCGCCGAGCUCAUGGCCGUCCUCCUCGCGCUUCAGGCUUUUGACCCCGCCGAGUCGGUGGAGAUCAGAACAGACAGUCAAUACUCCAUCGACUGCGUGACAAAGUGGUAUCGGGGAUGGGUCAGAAACGGGUGGCUGUCGGCUAAGGGCGCGGCGGUUAAGAACGACGAUAUCAUCAAGCCUAUUCGGGCUCUGAUUGACGAGAGGGAUGCCGCCGGGGCGAGGACAAAGUUUACCAAGGUGGCGGGACAUUCGGGGGACCCGGGGAACGAUGCGGCUGAUCGCUUGGCCGUUCUUGGGGCUCGGCUGCCUGUAGUUGAAAGCCGCUUGCGGAGGUGGAGAGGUUGAGGUGUUUGGCGGAUUGGGCAUUGGUUUUCUCGUAUUUGUAAAUCACACACAGCGAAGAGGGGUGGAUAGUCAGCGUUGUUAAGAGAGUACAAAUCGUCGAGAUGAAAACUUAAUUUAGGUGAUAUCUGCAUUAGAAGUCCAAUAGUAGAAAAAAAGGAAAAUAAAGCGAGUCAGAUAGUAAGUGGCCGACUCAGGGUAUAACCAGCAAGCUGAUGCUGACAGACGUGACGGAAAGAACAACAGCCUGGCCACCUCCCAAAGAACCCUCCCUCCUCUGCAUUACGGGGCCCAUGCUUCCGUUGCCUCACCCCCUGUUAUGGCGUCGGCUGGAACCAAAAAGAGAACUACCAAAUUUGACCUCGUCACCUAACCUGAUAUCCAGCCGACACCAUCUAUGCCUUCCCUUGAUGACUUCCGCGUGAACCCUGUGCCCUUUCCGCCAGCCUAUCACGCACCCCUUUUCCAGUCACUCUUCGUCACUGCCAUUACGGGCGUGCUCCAUCGUCCUCUGUUUCUCGUCACAUUCAUGGCCUUGGGCUGGAGCUAGUAUCGUCUUGGUAAAAAAAAAAAUUGCAGAAGCAGCGGGGGGGGAAUAUUUUGUCUCUAAACACAACAGAAGAACCAACGCCUGCACAGAAAGAUCAGGUCGCCUAGAAAGUUUCGAAGUUUCGCCAUAUCGGUAUGACAGCCGUGAAACUUCGAUAACCUGAUACCAUCAUGGGGUUUACUCUGGGUUGCCAUUGGGCUCCGAGUGGUUGGAAGGAGUCCCUUGUUGGGCGGCAGCCGCAGCGGCAGCCUCGCGCUGCAUCCGGGCCUCGAUCUCGCGGAGCUGGGAUUCGCGGGCCAGGAGCUCCUGGCGCUUCUCGUUGAUCUCGCGUUGAACCUUGACCUCGAUUUCGCGGAGCUUCUCCUCCU